UCUCGGUCCAAAUGCCUUUUUUAUAUAGGAGAAUUCAGUACUCAGUAGACGGAUAUAUUUUAUAAACUUUUGUGUAGAUCCUUUGUAAUCAAAUCGUGUAAUGCAUAAAUAUAAUUUUUUUCGUCGAGUUUUUCUUAAACAAUGGAUAUUGAGUACAAAUUCGUGAAAGAAAUCGACUGUAAACAAGGAGCUGUCAGAGCAGUACGUUUUAGUGUCGAUGGUUCUUAUUGUAUAACGUGUGGAUCCGAUAGAAAAUUAAAACUAUGGAAUCCAUACAAGUCUGUAACGUUGAAAACGUAUGGUGGUCACGGUGAUGAGGUUAUGGACGCUUGCGCGUCCUGUGACAGCAGUCAAAUAGUAUCUUGUGGAUUAGAUAAAUCUGUGAUUCUCUGGGAUGUGGCGACAGGCACAUCUGUACGUCGCUUCAGAGGACACGCAGGCCCAGUUACAACUGUGAGAUUCAAUGAGGAAUCUUCAAUGAUAAUUUCUGGAUCUCGUGAUAACAGUGUUAUGUUAUGGGAUGCACGUUCCAAAGCACAAGAAGCUGUACAAAUAUUAAGUGAUGCCAAAGACGCAAUUUCAAGUAUAAAAGUCUCAGAUCAUGAAAUCUUGUCAGCCUCUUUUGAUUGUCACAUACGUAUCUACGACAUACGUGCAGGACAACUUUGGGAAGAUUAUAUGGGAGAUCCAAUUACAUGCGCUAGUUUUACCAGAGACGGACAAUGUAUAGUUAUCAGUUGUUCCAGUGAUGUAAUUAGAUUAAUUGAUAAGGAUAGUGGAGAACUGCUUGGUGAAUUUGUAGGACACAUUGGAAAAGAUCUGUGUCUAGAAUCAAGUGUAGAUUGUCAAGACACAAAAAUUCUCUCUGGUUCAGCAGAUGGCAAAUUGUGGAUUUGGGAUCUUGUGUCUCAAAAAGUAGUAGCCAAAUUAUCGGGAUUUAAACCUACUAAACAUGCUACUGUAUCUAUAAGUGUUCACCCACAGAAGAACUUUUUCUUGGCAUCCAAUGGACCUGAUAUAUUGAUGUGGGAUACCAUAUCUCGUGCAAAUAACGAAUAAUGUUAAAUUAUAUGAUUAUUGUUACAUGUACAGAGUAAGUUUCCAAAUUUGUAAUUUCAAUUUUUUUUUAGUUCUAUAGUGGAAAUUAGAGUUAUUAAUUUAUUUAUUUGACUU